AUGGAAGUAAAGAAUUCUGACGUGAAGCACACAGCAAUUGGUAGAAUUUAUUUAACAGACAAACGAUUAAUUUUCAUUGCAGAUAAAUCUUCAAAGUUGAGUGGAUUUGACACUUUUUAUAUAAUUAUGACGGAUAUCGUUUCCUCAGUUAUGCCUCCAAAAUUUACAACAACAUAUAAUACUGAUAAUGCAAUCCUAAUCAAGAACAAACAUCCAAAAAAUCAAUCGUUGAUAAAUUUAAUCACAUCACGUAUAAAAGGUGUCAUUGCAGCAAAAAAAUAUGUAUUGGUGAAUUAUAAUAUCGAACGAAUAAAUUUGAAACAAGCUGCAAUAAUUACACCGGGUAGACAAGCUCCAACAGUAAGUCCAUUAGAGGAUGGUAAUUGGAUUCAGGUACAAAGUAUGGUUUGUAGAGAGGAGAUUGCACAUGUUAUGGAUAAAUUGGAAAAAAUUGAAAAUACUGCAGAGUUAGAAUUUGUCAAGAAGUUAUUUCCUCAUAUCAAGAAUUAUACGGCAGUUUAUGAUCAUUAUGGACUAUUGAAUCAUCAAGCAAUAAUGGCCCAUGGUAUUCAUUUAUCAUCGGAAGAGAGAAAACUACUGAGACAACGUAAAGUUGGCAUAUCACAUUGUCCAAAUUCAAAUUUUGCUCUUCGAUCCGGAGUGUGCAAUGUUAGACAAUUGUUGAAUGAUGGUAUUAAAGUUGGUUUGGGCACAGAUAUUAGUGGAGGCCAUGCAAAAUCUAUGUUAGAUGCUAUAAGAAGUGCAAGUACAGCAAGUCGUGUUAUUCAUAUGGCGUCAUCAGAAAAAGAAGACGAAGAAUAUGAUGAUAAUGAUAAUAGUAUCAGUGCGUAUUCAAGCUUGACACUUUCAGAGUUAACAUAUUUGGCAACAAUGGGUGGUGCAGAAUUGGUAAAUCUUCAAAACGUUAUUGGUAAUUUUAUAAUUGGUAAGGAGUUUGAUGCGUUAUGGGUUGAUCCAGAAGCAAAGAAUUCGCCACUUGAUAUAUUUGAUAAUAUCGAUGAUGCUUUAGAAAGAAUUUUUGAAAAAUUUAUAUUUCUUGGUGAUGAACGAAAUCUUAAAGCUGUAUUUGUCAAAGGAAGAAGGGUGUCUGGUACUGAUAUAUAG